AACAUAGUCGACGAUUAGGCGGGCGUGUUUAGCAGGCCAGGCGGGCCAGGGUCUGUGGAUUAAGGGAGAUCGCCAUGGAUGUCUGUUUCGGGUGCCGUGUGGCUCGUAGGGCUGCAAUGCAUGUGCACAAAACCGCCCUAGUGCGUGGGGAUGAUUGUUCGACACCACCAAGUGUCGUGACUUGGCUGUGCCGGUGCCCCUUGCGCCUUCGUAAUUAGGACUGUCCGCCGAGUGCUUUGUCUGCCCCUGACGCCGUGGGAAUUUUGGCCGUCUUUGCUUUCUCACACAUACAAAGAAGCGUGGGGCGACAUAUCUAGGCCUCGCUGUAUGACGCACUGCCUCUCCACUUAUUGCAUAGUAGCAACCGAUGCACGCGAACAAGACGUCGACCUCGCAUAACGUAUACGCACUUGCAUUCCGAUUCCGACGUCCCCUUUCCCGUGCAUUCACCCACACGGUUAUACGAAUGGGCGUGCUCAUAGUCUCGCUCGACAAACAUGGCGGCAAUCGAUCCCCCCCGAGCGGUUGACUUGGUCCGCACGGCGUCCCAGAGCUCCACCAUAUCGAACCCACGAAACCGCAGCAUACAGCGCAUGCGGCCCUCGAAGCGCAGCUCCAACACGUCGCUCAGCCGCAGUCGCAGCAGAGCGCCCUCACCCGAAGUCGACACCAAGAGCCUCACAUCCUUCCCUUCACUGUCGCCUAGCCCGGAGGCGUCGCCGGCACAGUCGCGCGUCAAUGGCUGGUUCCGCUCCACACCAGCGCCCGAAGACUGCCUUAAGAAUGCUGAGAGUAGAACUGUUGCAUCGCCCGACACAGUCAAGGCAAUUCCCCCGCCGGAUCUCAAGAACACAACACCUACGACUACCGUCAGGAAGGUCACCAAGUCGACACAGCAGAUAGUGGGCAGUCUGGUAGCUUCCUCGUCUGCCAAAGACCGGACGGCUCUCUUUGACGAUACGCCUACCGAGUCGGCCAAGGUGCCCGGAAACCUCCAUUUUGCGAGCGACGACAACAUACAGGAUGCGCUGCGACAGACGGGCGCUGUGGCGCUGGUCAAGCAACUCGCUGGCGACCUGGCACAGCGCGAUGCGCAAAUCACGGCCCUGCGGAGACGAGCCGAGGAGCGCGAGCGCAUGCUGAGGAAGAUGCUGCAGGAGUGCGAGGUAUCCAACAUGGACAUUGAGAACCGGCUGCGCGAGUUGGAGAAGAGCAAGGAUCCAGGCAAUGGCCUCACCAAGACGAGGACGAGGGGCGACAGCGCAGCGACUGGAUUGCACCCCGACGACCCCAUGGAGGACAGACUCGCUAGGGCUAUGGAAGACGAAUUAGCUGAGCACCCCGAUGCUCUGGGCAUGGACACGGGCACCUCAGCGCCUCAGGCAGAAGUCAUGUCCAUCAACUCGGUUACGUCGGACGCGCCACGCGACACAUCCAAACCAAACUGGAAGACGUACAUUUGGGCUGGGACGAGCAAGAAGAGCAGCCGAGCACCGUCCGUAGCGAGCAUGGUGGACAGAGAAGCCGAGACUCUGGGGCAUACCCGGUCGCGCGCAUCUAGUGGAGCAAAGCCACCUCGGAAAGCCCUCGCGAGCGAUCUCUUCGUCCCUCCAGCUGGGGCUGUACCUGCAUUGCGUCGACUCAACAGCUCAGACCAUGCCACAGACUCGGCACGUAGAUCUUCGUCGACAUCGCUAGCAAGCUGGGCGUUGAAAAUGGUAGCAGGAAACAACGCUGCAAACCCCAACAAGGCUAACACAGUGCGAGGCCGUAAAUCCGCUGCUUCGAGUACUGUCGACCGUGCGCCAUCCAUGGACUCAACCAAGACGGCACAAUCCGCAAAGUCAUCGCUCGCCAGCACCCAAAGACGAGGUCGCGCUUUGGGCCCCAAUGGAACAAUCAAAAGUACGGCGCUAGAACAGCCCAAGAAUGUGUCGAAUAGUCUCGGUCCGACUCCGCCUGUCCGUGGAAUGAGCAAUCUUGGGCCUGUAGAAAUGGACCGAAUCCUGCCUGAAGACUCACGACCACCGACGCUAGUACAGCAACACAACAGGUUCAUCGGCAGCAGCGAGUAUUUAACCGAUAGAUUCGGCUUCAUCUAUGACCAGCGUCGCAAGAAGAGACAGAGUGAGGCGGCAGCUGAGCUGAUCAAGCAAAAGCGAAGUAGCAAUGUGGAGUCACUCGGCGAUGGCAGGACUGCACUCAACAAUUUGGCCUUGGACGAGGAGCAUGAGCAUGCAGGCUCUGCUCCUGCUGACCAAAACGAUGGCACCACACGCCCGUCCAGUUCCGACUCCGAUAAUCACCAGAAUCAGCCAGCCAGUAAGACCUGGGUUGACUACCUGAAGCUAGCCACGCAUCCAACUGAACUACUCUCACACACUCCAUCUGCGGCGCCCAUCACCACGGUAGAGUCUGCAGAAGGUGAGGUCUCAAACUUCAAGAUUGGCAACAACCAAAUUACAUUGAUGAAGCGAGGAUCCACACCAGCGGCGAGUGUCAACCCAGAGCCGUCGCCAUCUCGCAUCGUCUCAGGCAAUGCAGAACUUUCCGCCACCACCACUUCGCCAGGCCCGUCGACCCCGAUCAGCCAGUAUCCGCCACAGAUCGACCCAGUGCAGUCCCUACUAGAGCAAAUGAGCGAGCUGCACGACAAUCUCCAAAGAGAGAGGACUGUGAAGUGGAACGACUUUCUGCGUAAAGUGCGUGCACAGAACAAGCGUGAAGGAGAUGUCGCCAGCACCGGCGAGAACGGCAAAAGCAACGCAAUGCCCGAGCAGUUCCUUGCCGAUGGCGAACUGGUGGGCAUCGCGGGCUUGGGAAACAAGGGCAAAAUCGGACGUGCCAAGUGGCAGGAGUUCCGUCGUCUUGUUCUCGGUGGGAUCCCAGUCAACAUGAGAGCCGCAAUCUGGGCUGAGGGGAGCGGUGCGCUGCAUCUGCGCAUGCCAGGCUACUACGAAGAUCUUGUGAACAAUGGCGAAGACGACCCUACCAUUGCGACCCAGAUCCAAAUGGACAUCACCCGCACACUUACCGACAACAUCUUUUUCCGCACCGGUCCCGGCGUACAGAAGCUGCAGGAGGUACUCCUCGCCUACUCCCGCCGCAACCCCGAAGUUGGCUACUGUCAAGGCAUGAACCUAAUCACCGCAUGUCUCCUACUCAUCAUGCCCACCCCCGAAGACGCAUUCUGGGUCCUAACCGCCAUGAUCGAAGAAAUCCUCCCGCAACACUACUACGAUCAACAUCUCCUCACCUCACGCGCCGACCAAUCCGUCCUCCGCUCCUACGUCAGCGAAAUCCUUCCCCGUCUCUCCUCCCAUCUCGACGAACUAGAAAUCGAGCUGGAGGCGCUAACCUUCCAAUGGUUCCUCUCCGUCUUCACCGACUGCCUCUCCGCCGAAGCGCUCUUCCGCGUCUGGGACGUCGUCCUAUGUAUGCACGACGGCUCGACUUUUCUGUUUCAAAUCGCACUUGCGUUGCUGAAAUUGAACGAGAAAGCGUUGUUGCAGUGUGAUACUCCGGCUGGUGUGUAUCAUUAUAUCAACCACCAAAUGACCAACCACGCCAUCAGCAUCGACGGCCUAAUCCAAGCCUCCGACGCCCUCGGCAAGGUCAUCAAGAGGAAAGACGUCGAGGACCGCCGCGCCAAAGCCGUUGCGCAUGAAGAAGAACUCAUGCGCCAGCGUGAGGAAGCGAGGCAGGAGCGUGCGAGGAAGAGAGCUAGUAAGCUUUCGGAGGAUACGGGUUCCGCGCCGUUGCCGACGCAGAUAGAGGAGGAUGCGAAGAGCCUGUCGGCUAGUCUGGAUGCUGAGUUAUCGAUGCAGACGAGUCCUAUGGCGACGCCAUUGAGUAGCGCGACGCAACGGUCCGAGGAAGAGGAGGAUGCAGAUUAUAUGAAUCAGAGUCUGGAAUUGACGAAUCGCACGCCGAUGCCUAUGGACGAGGAGUUCAUGUGGCGUGGCUAAAAAAUGAGUCGGAUGAGAGAGGCGACACGACAUCUUUCCUUUGUUCCGUACAUACUUGCAUCGCUGGAGUUAGGGAUUACUGAGCCGGGUAUCAUCGUUCCUUUUCAUCAAUAUACCCCAUCGCCGCUGGAGCCUGCCGUUGUAAAUUGGAUUGGAUUGGAUUGGAUAGUUUAAAACAAUGGACUCCCCCUUCUCUCUCUCUGCCUCUGCCUCUGUCUGUCUUUUCUUCUUACCGUGCAUUCGUGUCUGUCGCCGAGGUACUGUAUGGACGGCUGGGCUCAAACACUCAUUUGCAUAGUCUGCGGAUAUACUUGUAUCCCGCCGACCUAGAACAAGAAACAAAAGCUCUGUUAAGAUUUAUCCAAACCACUCAAAAGGCGUAGCGUACGUAAACUCACUGCGAUGUUUAGACUCUACUUCAGUAUUU